AUGGUUCAAGAUUACAUAGAAUGGAGUCAUUCCGUUGAUGCUAAGCAACAAAAUGAAGAAGAAAUUGUACCCCGCACUAGAAAAUUUGUGCGUAGGGAACGUGAGGAAGCUCAUGAAAGAUUGUUUCAUGAUUAUUUCAGCAACGAACCUCUAUACCACGAGAAUAUUUUUCAUCAAAGGUUUCGUAUGCAUAAGCAUGUUUUCCUUCGUAUUGUUGAAGGUGUAACAAUUCAAGGUGAUACAUUCUUUAAGCAAAAACCAAAUGCUACUGGAAGGAUGGGUGCAUCUGAACUACAAAAAUGCACAACGGCUAUCAGGAUGUUGGCAUAUGGUUCAUCAUAUGAUGUUGUUGACGAGUAUCUGAAAAUUGCUUCAAGUAUCGCUAGAGAAUGCCUUCUUCAUUUUGUCGAAGGGUUGUUGCUAGAUUUGGACCUAAAUACUCGAGGAAGGCAAAUGCAAAUGACAUUGAGCGUCUCCUACAUGAAAGCAAGCGUCGUGGCUUCCCAGAGGUCACCCGUCUUUGAUGAUGUCCUACAAGGAAGAGCUCCAGAGGUCAACUUCUUAGUGAACGGGACAACUUAUAACAUGGGUUACUAUCUUACUGAUGGCAUCUACCCGAGAUGGUCAACAUUCAUCCCCGCAAUAAAGCUCCCCCAAAACCCCAAACAAAGACUAUUCACACAACAUCAAGAAGCUAUUAGAAAAGAUAUAGAGCGUGCAUUUGGAGUAUUGCAAGCUAGAUUUGCAAUCAUUCGCAAACCCGCUCUCGCGUGGGAUAAAGACAUAUUGUGGAAAAUAAUCAUGGCAUGUAUCAUCAUGCACAAUAUGAUUGUUGAAGAUGAGCGUGAUACUUAA